AUGGGUUGGCCUUACCUUGGAGAGACUCUCCAGUUAUACUCCAAAGACCCAAAUAUUUUCUUUGCUGAUAAGAAAAAAAGAUAUGGAGAAAUAUUCAAAACUCAUAUUCUUGGGUGUCCUUGUGUUAUGCUAGCAAGUCCGGAAGCGGCACGAUUUGUGCUGGUGACUCAUGCUCACUUGUUCAAUCCCACAUAUCCGAAGAGUAAAGAGAAAAUGAUCGGCCCCUCCGCCCUGUUUUUCCACCAAGGAGACUACCAUAACCGCCUCCGGAAGCUAGUUCAGAGUUCACUAUCCCUCGAGCAUCUCCGGAAAUUAAUUCUUGGCAUUGAAGCCAUAGCCAUCUCAACCUUGGAGUCAUGGACAUCUGGACAAGUGAUCAACACUUUCCAAGAAUUGAAAAAGUUCUCUUUUGAAGUGGGCAUUUUAGCUAUUUUUGGCCACUUGGAGAAAAAACAGAGGGAAGAACUGAAGGAAAACUACUGCAUAGUAGAUAAAGGCUAUAAUUCUUUCCCUACAAAUAUUCCAGGAACUGCAUAUCACAAAGCACUACAGGCAAGAAAAAGGCUAAACAAGAUUCUUAGUGAGAUACUCCGUGAGAGAAAGGAGAAAAAAUUAUUUGAAAAGGACCUUUUGGGGCAUUUGCUCAAUUUCAAAGAUGAAAAAGAGCAAACUUUAACCGAGGGUGAAAUUUCUGAUAACAUUAUUGGAGUUCUUUUUGCUGCUCAAGAUACGACGGCUAGCGCUUUAACAUGGAUUCUCAAAUACCUUAACGACAACCAGAAACUUCUCGAAGCUGUUAAGGCAGAACAAAAAGCAAUCUAUAUGGAAAAUGAUGAAGGAAAGAGGCCAUUGACAUGGGCACAAACUAGAAAUAUGCCAUUCACAUAUAAGGUUAUUUUGGAGAGCUUGAGGAUGUCAAGCAUAGUGUCUUUCACCUUUAGGGAAGCUGUGGUUGAUGUGGAAUUUAAUGGUUAUCUUAUUCCCAAAGGUUGGAAGGUGAUGCCACUAUUUAGGAAUAUUCAUCACAAUCCAGAAUAUUUCAAUGAACCUCAAAAUUUUGAUCCAUACAGAUUUGAGGUUGCCCCAAAACCCAAUACUUACAUGCCAUUUGGCAAUGGGGCCCAUUCCUGUCCGGGAAAUGAACUUGCCAGGCUGGAGAUGUUGAUUUUGAUCCAUCGUCUGGUGACGAAGUUAAGGUGGGAAGUAGUUGGUACCCAAAACUUGGUAGAGUACAGCCCAUUUCCAGUUCCACAGCAUGGGCUUCCUGCUAGAUUUUGGAAAGAAUCUGACACUCAAGAAAUUACAAUUUAG